CGUCGCUAAGAGUCAGGGGAUUAAUUCGAAUUGAAUUUAGUGGCUUUUGUUUUACUGCAAACGUUGAAAACAUGUAAUAAGGAUAAAGAGGAAAGGCGUGUAUGGAGAAAUGACAGCAAGCCACGUGAGCUUUUGGAAUUUACAGAGCGUUUUGAAGGCAGCAUUGUACAUGCUAACUCUCGACUUCAAAACAGUGCCCUCACUCGAACUUUUUAAUGUCACAAGUUCGGCCGCUCUUCGCUGGCUGAAAAUGUUUAUACUCCGACCAGCAGCCGCCACAGUUCUGUUUCCUGACAAGAAGUUUCGAACAAAGCCCCCGAACUUCACACGACCGGGGUCGAGCUAAGUUGUUUUUUUUUUUCUUCUUCCUUUCCCUCCUUUGUUGACACUCGGCGCUGUCAAACUGAGUCAAGUUAACGUCAAGAAGAAGAAGAAGAAAGUUUCGAACUUGUAACGAACACGCCUCACUGUUAACCUCGGCACUGACAGUUGAGAUGGCGACGAGAGGGAACUUCGCGGGUCCGACCGUGAGCCCCAUGAACGUCGGGCUCGCCGCCGCCUUGAGGAUGCCCGGGAUCCCGCCGGCCGCGACGAGCUACCCGCGCUCCGUGAGCACCGCGCCGCAGUACCCCCAGCGUCCAGGGAUGCCGCUCGGCAGAGUCUCGGGCCCCCUGGGCUCAAUGGGGGGUCAGCUCCCCGGUCCUUCCUACUGCGGCAGCGGCGUGCCCGCGCGGCCCGGCAUGCGGCCUCCUGCCGCCGCGGACAAUUCGCGAAAGCGCUUAUUUCAUCACCAGCAGCAGCAGCAGCAGCAGCAAGAGGCGCUUGGAGGCCACCGGCGAGGGGCUAAAAGACGCAAGAUGGCCGACAAAGUUCUACCACAGAGAAUCCGUGACCUGGUCCCAGAGUCUCAGGCCUACAUGGACCUCCUGGCUUUUGAGAGGAAACUGGAUCAGACCAUCGCCCGUAAGCGCAUGGAGAUACAGGAGGCGAUAAAGAAGCCCAUUAUGCAAAAGCGCAAGCUGAGGAUUUACAUUUCCAACACGUACACCCCGUGCAAGCCCGACGGCAACGAGGCCGACAAGGUGUCCUCCUGGGAACUCCGAGUAGAGGGGAAGCUUCUGGAAGAACCUGGCAAGCAGAAGAGGAAGUUCUCGUCUUUCUUUAAGAGCCUGGUGAUCGAGCUGGAUAAGGAGCUGUACGGGCCCGACAACCACUUGGUGGAGUGGCACCGAAUGCCCACCACCCAGGAGACGGACGGUUUCCAGGUGAAAAGGCCCGGCGACGUCAACGUCAAAUGCACCCUCCUGCUCAUGCUGGACCACCAGGUGCGCGCGCUCUUCCGCGCCGUCCCCCUUUCAAACUUAACGUGUUCAAUUGCCGUUUUGAAUGUUGUUGUUGUUGUUUUUCUUCCCCGAAUUCAGCCUCCUCAGUACAAACUGGAUCUGCGACUGGCCCGGCUGCUGGGCGUGCACACGCAGACGCGGGCCAGCAUCAUGCAGGCGCUUUGGCUCUACAUCAAGAACAACAAGCUGCAGGACAGCCACGAGAAGGAGUACAUCAACUGCAAUCACUAUUUCAGGAAGAUAUUCUGCUGCAGUCGCAUGAGGUUCUCCGAGAUUCCCAUGAAACUGGCCGGGCUGCUCCAGCACCCCGACCCCAUCGUGAUCAAUCACAUGAUCAGCGUGGACCCCAACGACCAGAAGAAGACGGCGUGCUACGACAUCGACGUGGAGGUGGACGACCCGCUCAAGACCCAAAUGAGCAGCUUCUUGUCGUCCACCACCAACCAGCAGGAGAUCGCCGCGCUGGAGACGAAGAUUCACGAGACCAUCGAGUACAUCAACCAGCUGAAGACUGAGAGAGACUUCAUGUUGAGCUUCAGCAACAAUCCUCAAGAUUUCAUCCAGGACUGGCUCAAAUCUCAGUGCAGAGAUCUGAAGCUGAUGACAGACGUGACGGGAAAUCCAGAAGAGGAGAGGAGGACCGAGUUCUACCAGGCACCAUGGAUGACGGAGGCGGUCGGCAGAUACAUUUAUUCCAAAGUGCAGCAGAGACGACAAGAACUGGAGCAGGUUCUCGGGAUCAGACUCACUUAAAGCGUCAACGCGUCGCCUUUGUGAGGAAUCAGUCCUAGUUCAAAUGUUUACAAGCCAUCCUGACAAUCCAUGAAUCAAACAUCGUGGACCAAAUGAAUUGAAAUGAUUUAGAAAUAUUAUUUGUCAUUUUGAGCCUGUUUGCCGUCUUAUGCGAGUUUAAAAAAAAAAAAAAAAAGCUCAUUGUACUGUGUAUGACCAGCGUGCUCUAUUCCAAAUGUUCUGUUUACCUCUAUUUUUGAAAGCCAUAUCAUUGCAUACAUAUCUAGAAAAAAAAAUUGAAGCCCUUCCUAAAAUAUAUUCAUAAAGGUAUCAUUUUUAGAGAAUUGUAAUACAUUUAUAUAAGUAGUGCUUUUCUGCGGGGGAUGAUUGCUUUAUUUUUUUUUUUAUUUGUUUACUUAUUUGCAUAUAUUUGAGUUGCACAGUUAUAAUAAUGUGUGAUUGCCCGAGCCGGGUCUUCAUCGAAAUACAUACAUUUCUUUAUACAUUCCAUGCUCAACACUGUGCCAAAUUGUUUCAAAAUGUUGCUUCCUUUUUUUUUGUUUUU